AGGCUGCCUUAUUCGAUGAUUUCAUUCGGUCAUAAAACACUAUUUGUCGCUAAUUGUAUUCGAUUUUGUUAAAAUUCAUUCGAUUUUGUAAAAAUUCAUUCGAUUAUGCGCUAAAUUCAUUCGAUUAUGCGCUAAGUUCAUUCGAUUAUGCGCUGAAUUCAUUCGAUUAUGCGAUGAAUUCAUUCGAUUAUGCGAUGAAUUCAUUCGAUUAUGCGAUGAAUUCAUUCGAUUAUGCGCUGUUUGCAUGUGAUAAAUUAUUCGAUGCGCUGAAUUCAUGCGCUAAAUUAUUCGAUGCGCUGUUUGCAUGCGCUAAAUUAUUCGAUGCGCUGUUUGCAUGCGCUAAAUUAUUCGAUGCGCUGUUUGCAUGCGCUAAAUUAUUCGAUGCGCUGAAUUCAUGCGCUAAAUUAUUCGAUGCGCUGUUUGCAUGCGAUAAAUUAUUCGAUGCGCUGAAUUCAUGCGCUAAAUUAUUCGAUGCGCUGUUUGCAUGCGAUAAAUUAUUCGAUGCGCUGUUUGCAUGCGCUAAAUUAUUCGAUGCGCUGUUUGCAUGCGAUAAAUUAUUCGAUAGUUUUGGCGCCUCAAUCAAAACUCAAGGAUUACAAAAUUAAUAUGGCUGACGAAAGAACACGAGCUAUAUUAAAGAAACUUGGAUUGAAACACCUUAUUUUGAAGUUUAGUGAAGAAAAUAUAACCGCUGAUUUGAUACCAAAGCUUUCUCUAAAGCAUUUCGAAAGCUUAGGUGUAACAGAUAAUGGAGUUAUAAUGAACUUGAGGGUAAAAUUUUGCAGCUUUGGUGGAAUUAAACCACAAAAGUUAAAGUGGGAAAAUGGAGGAGCUCCAAAAUUCCUAAUACCUGAAGAAGUCCUACAAAACCUACUCAAUGACGGCUGUCUUAUUUCGGAGAUCAGCAAUAUCUUAUGCGUUUCAGAAAGAACAAUUUAUAGAAGAAUGGAAGAGUAUGGGCUUAAAAAGCAUAACUUUACAGAAAUGUCUAAUGAAGAGUGUGAUUCAAUUCUGAGCACUGUGACUCAAGAGUUUCCUAAUUGUGGCGAAGUUAUGUUACGAGAACUGUUAAGAGAAACUGAAGGUUUUCCAACUUUAAAACAUUGUGGCGGGUUUGAGUUAUUAAAAUGUAUCCCAAAUUGCAGGAUCCUUGAACCUUUGAAUUGCAAACUAAAUUCCAUAUCUUUGAAAGCUACCAUAGGACAAGGAAAGAUUUAUAUACGUCCAAUUCAAAAGUCGUUGUCGGUAAUACCUCUGCAAAAGGCAAGUACAGUAACAACUUCUAUCAAAGAAAAAUGUUUAAAUUGUUUUGAGGAGUUUUGUCUCGAAGAACUGAGACAACAUACUGAGUUAUGCAUGCCAUACUAUGAAUCUAGUGAUGAUUCAGAAGUUGCAUUACCCCCUGUGUUAUCAAAUGAGGUGACCCAUGAAGAGGAAAACAAUGAAAUAACUGAAACUGAAUCUGCUUUUCGAAUAAGCUAUGAGUACAUUCCAGAAACAAGAGAUCAAAAGCAGGAUAAUGCUAAUAACAACGAAGAAUUUGAUCUCAAUGCAAACAUUAACAACAUCAUCAGUUAUUGCAUUGAUAAUCAAGUGAAUUCACCAGUCGAGAUAUUACGGUAUAUGCAGCAGAAGUUAGUUCAAGGUCGAAGUUUAGAAAUAACUGAUAUUGCGGUUCAUGAUGACAGACCAACAAAUUUUAUCAUGGUUGAUCGGGCCAAUCUUAUUGAAACUGGUUUAGAAGAGAUACGGGAACUGCAAAAUAAGUUGAUUUGUUUAUCUGUGCAGUUUUAUGGUGAGUUGGCAGAAGAUUAUGGAGGGCCAAGAAAAGAGUUUUUUCAACAGAUAAUAAGAGAAAUCAAAGAAAAAUACUUUGAUUGUGAAAUAAACUUGUUUCCUUUAAGUGAUUAUUAUGAUAUUGGAAUAGUUUUUGGCUUGAGUUUGCUUCAGAAUGGUCCAUUUCCACAGUUUUUGGAAGAAGAUGACCUGCAAAAAAUAUUUUUUAACGAAGAACCUGGCAAAUUCAAUGAACUCCGAAGAGCUUUCAAGGAUCUUGGAAUUUUCCAAAUUGUGGAAGCCUUUCCUAUCAUGCUACACCUUUUCCGACCCAAUCCUAAUGCUACUUUCACUUUUAAAAAACUGGUCAACUUGCUUCAGCCAAAAUGGGCAGCUGAAGGGUCAAACGAACAUUACAGGCAGAAAAAGCUUUAUCCGUCAUUAAUGAAAUAUUUGAGGCAAGCACAUGGUGGAAAACGUUCGGGUGUUUCGCUUCCCGAUGUACUAAGGUUUGUCACUGGAAGUGAAGAAGAGCCUUUGUUAGGAUUUGCACUGGCCCCUUCGAUAAAAUUUGUUCCGGUGAUGGAAGAAGGUCGAUUUCUUCCGACAAGUAACACUUGCAUUAAUCAAUUGCAAUUACCAAUGGAAAGUAAUGCUAUUUCCCUUCCAGACGAAAACGCUCUGUUCGGUUUAUAUGACUUAGCCUUUUCUAGUCGAUUUUUUGGACAAAUUUAAAAGUCGUCGACAGUUUUAUUAUUUAUGCCUAUUAGGAACUUAACUCUUGUGAUUAAAUGCAAACAUUUAUGCUUUCUUUCGUUACCUUUUCACUGAUUCAAAACUUAUUUUAUAAUUGGUAGUUGUUUACUUGUAAACUUCGUUUUGUUUACGGUGUCCCUUUCCAAAGGGACACUUAAUUUUUGUUUUAUUCAGAGAGAAUAUUUUUUAUAUUUUAGCUCUUAUCGUUUGUAUUCAUUUUCUUAUAUUAUAGGAGAAUAAAUGUUCCGUAGUUUC